ACUGUUGUUUGAGGGCGUAGUUCCUCCAACAAGUGCAAAGCAUCAAUUUGUAUUACUAAUCAAACGCGUUGCGUUGUGAAGCUGCGGGCGUGCUCUGGAAUUUGGUGUUUGUUUUAGUUUAGUUUUGUGUUUUUGCGUUUAAGUUAAUACAGCGACGCCCCGCGCUGCACAUUAAGCUGCUCAGGCAGGCAGCUACACAACAAACAAAGCCCCAUCAAACAAAAAAUGGGUUUGUUUCUACCGUCGACAAUUUUGGGACGCAGCUAUUUGCUGUUUGUUCUUGUUCUGAUUGUGGGUGUGUUCGCGCAGCACGAAUGGCAGGCUCGUGAUGCCUUUGACGAGAUCAAACGCCAAUUCGAUAAAGUCAACGCCGACAAUUGUCCCAUACAGCAUCAUGGAGAUUUGUUUAUGCCCACGGACGCCGUGUCCCACAAACCGGACAUCAAGGAGGUGAAUGUGAAUCCCGUGUUCCCAAAUCGUACAGCGCUGCUGCAUCUGCAAAACAUGGCGCUGAGUCGCAGCUUCUUCUGGAGUUAUAUACUGCAAUCUCGUUUCAUUCGUCCCGCCAUCAACGAUACUUAUGAUCCUGGCAUGAUGUAUUACUUCCUGUCCACGGUGGCUGAUGUUUCCGCCAAUCCCAGCAUCAAUGCUUCGGCUAUUUACUUCUCGCCGAACAGUUCGUAUUCGUCAUCGUAUCGUGGCUUCUUCAACAAGACCUUCCCACGCUUUGGUCCACGCACUUUCCGUCAGGAUGAUUUCAAUGACCCCAUCCAUCUACAGAAGAUUUCCACUCUGAACACUUUUGAUGUGCAGGACUUGGGCGCUCAUCAUCCCGAUACCAUUUCCAAGGAUUACACCCACGAUUUGUACAAGAUUAAUGAAUGGUAUCGCGCUUGGUUGCCCGAUAAUGUAGCCGGACGUCACGAUACUAAGAUCACGUAUCAGGUGGAAAUCCGCUAUGCGAAUAACACAAAUGAAACGUACACAUUCCACGGACCGCCAGGCUCUGAGGAGAAUCCCGGUCCCAUUAAGCUGACACGCCCCUACUUUGAUUGCGGACGCUCCAACAAGUGGCUGGUGGCUGCCGUGGUGCCCAUAGCUGAUAUUUAUCCCCGACACACGCAGUUCCGGCACAUCGAGUAUCCCAAAUACACCGCUGUCUCUGUGCUGGAAAUGGAUUUUGAGCGUAUUGACAUCAAUCAGUGUCCGCUGGGCGAAGGCAACAAGGGUCCCAAUCACUUUGCGGACACAGCGCGUUGCAAGAAGGAGACCACAGAGUGCGAACCGUUGAAUGGCUGGGGCUUCAGGCGCGGUGGCUAUCAGUGUCGUUGUAAGCCAGGUUUUCGACUACCGCCCACAGUGCGACGUCCUUAUCUAGGCGAGAUUGUGGAACGUGCACCAGCUGAACAAUAUUACAAUGACUACGAUUGCCUUAAAAUUGGAUGGAUUCAAAAGCUGCCUAUUACUUGGGAACGUGCACCAUAUCAUGUUAGGCAAAAGUAUUUGAACAUGCACCCAACGUAUCGCAACUUUACAACGGGUUCGAAAGCGCUACACGCUCAGCACUUGAACAUUGAUCAGGCAUUGAAGUAUAUUCAUGGCGUCAACUAUCGCACAUGCAAAAACUUCCAUCCUCAAGAUUUGAUACUGCGUGGCGAUGUCAGCUCUGGCGCCAAAGAUCAGUUUGAGAACGAAGCCAAAAUGGCUGUACGUCUGGCCAACUUUAUCAGCGCCUUUUUGCAGAUAUCGGAUCCCAACGAAGUCUAUUCGGGCAAACGUGUGGCGGACAAACCACUGACCGAGGAUCAAAUGAUUGGUGAAACUCUGGCCAUUCUAAUGGGCGACAGCAAGGUGUGGUCGGCCCAGACGCUUUGGGAGCGCAAUAAGUUCACGAAUCGCACCUAUUUUGCACCCUAUGCCUACAAAACGGAGCUGAACACACGCAAAUUUAAGGUGGAGGAUCUGGCGCGUCUGAACAAAACACACGAGCUGUACACGGAAAAGAAGUACUUCAAGUUCUUGAAGCAACGAUGGAAUACGAAUUUUGAUGAUUUGGAAACGUUCUACUUGAAAAUCAAGAUACGACACAAUGAGACAGGUGAAUACCAGCAAAAGUACGAGCAUUAUCCCAACUCGUAUCGUGCGGCAAACAUGAAGCAUGGCUACUGGACACAGCCGCAAUUUGAUUGUGAUGGCUAUGUGAAGAAAUGGCUGGUGACCUAUGCGGCUCCCUUCUUUGGCUGGGAUAGCCUCAAAGUGAAACUGGAAUUCAAAGGAGUGGUUGCCGUCUCCAUGGACAUGCUCCAGCUGGAUAUUAAUCAGUGCCCGGACUGGUAUUAUGAACCGAAUGCCUUCAAGAACACACACAAAUGUGAUCAGAAGACUUCAUAUUGUGUGCCAAUUCAGGGACGUGGCUAUGAAACUGGUGGCUACAAGUGCGAGUGUCUGCAGGGCUACGAGUAUCCUUUCGAGGAUUUGAUCACCUACUACGAUGGCCAGUUGGUGGAGGCUGAGUAUCAAAAUAUUGUGGUCGAUAAGGAGACACGCUACGAUAUGUUCAAAUGCCGUUUGGCGGGUGCAGCGGGUUUGCAAUCGGCAUUGGGAUUGGUCAUUUCACUAUUUGGUCUGACCAUCACAUUGCUCUAUCGUUUUAGUUAGGCGCAUCCCACCCCUUCUUAAGCCAAAUAUCUUAACAAUUCCGUCCGCAACUCUAAAAUCUCUAUAACUUAAGCAAAAAACCGAAAGAAAAAAAUCUCUGACAAAGCAACACAGCAAACUGAAAGACACAAAAUUGACACCCAAAACAAAACGCGCUGUUGCCCAAAAAAAAAAUUCAAAAAGAAAAAAACGCUCAACCAAGUUGUCCACUCUACUUCUGUGUAUUCUCCAUAUUCUCUCUCUCGCCUUUGAACAUUGUCAUCAUUUAUCUGCAAGGCGAUUAAGUUGUAGACAUAAUCUAUUACAAUGAAUCUGGUUAUUUGUCAUUUCUAUCAAAAGCGGCAGCCAAAAGCAGCGGCAGCAGCAACGGCAGCAGCAGAGGCUACAGAAAAGCGCAAACAGCCGCGCCUACUGUGCUCAGAUUACGGAAGCGUUUGCCGUUGUCGCUGCCGCUUCUGCUUCUGCUUCUGCUGUUGUUGCUGCCGCUUCUUGUAGCUUUCGAUUGUGGCCCUUUGCUAAUGUCCGUGAAGACGCACAGCUGUGUGUGCGUGCUCCGAGAGUCGAGAGAUCGCAAACCUGUUAACAUCAAAACCCAGUUAGGCCUUUGCUGUUGCUUCUGCUGUGUCUUCUUGUGUACCUACACCCCAUCCACACCACAGCAGAGGGGUUGUUUGUGCCGCACACACACACGGACACACACCUUUCCUGCCUAGCCUGGGCAAAAAAAAAGCAACGCCUGCCUAGUGUUUUUCUUAUAUUAAAUCGUCGUCGACAUUUGCGGGGUUCGUCCGUCGUGUUCCAUGGUCCAUUCUGGCUGGCUUUUUUGCCUGAAUUAAAUAUGCCGCCGUUUUUCUUAUUUUUUAUGCAGCUCUCCUCUAUUUUUUUGUGUGUGCGUGUAUAUAUAUAUAUUUUUUUUUGCUUGAUUAUCAUAUGCGCUUGAAUUUUUAUUAUCUAUAUAUACCCUGAGAACUUUUUCUAUGCGCGGCACGGAACCAGUUUUAUCAGCCACUUGGUCGUGGUCUUCCUUUCGGCUUCUUGGUCUCCUGCCAGGGCAAUUCAUGAAAAAAAAUUGCCAGCUCUUUUUUUAAUUCAUUAAAAAAUGAUAUGGUCAUAGAGAGGUAGCGUAGAGACUUGGACACAACUUGGCAAACGAAAAAAAAAAUCACAAAAUAUUUUCACACAUUUUUCAUAGUCAUAUCAGGGCAAAAACAGUGGGCAGUGACGACCGCUGCGUUUUGGGCAACUCCUCCAUUUCCAUUUCGAUUUGUGCCGUUGCCGGCUGAAGACUCUGCUGCUGCGUGUUUGUCUUUCUUUAGAAUCCGACGCAGCGGGAACACGUUCAAGUGGUUCUCGCAUUUCCAUAUUCCAUAUUUUUUAUUAUACUCUUUUUUUAUUAUUUUGGCAACAUAAUCAUAUCAGUUUGUAGGACAGUACAAAAAAACGAAAAAGACAACUAAACGAAAUUUUUAAGUGUUUUUAAGUGCCUUAGCGAAAAGAGAAAAUUAAAUAUAAAAAAAAGACUUCAAAACGUAAGUCCGUCCAAUAUACAAAUAUAAUCACUGUCUCUUUUGUAUUAUGUAUUUUUUAUACCAUACUUAUUAAGUGCCUUGACAGAAGCGAAUACAUUCGAUUUUUUUAAAAUAUGUAACCAACUUGUAGUCUAAUAAUUGUGUAGUCUUAAGAUCGAAUCUCGUUUAAAAACAACAACACAGAAGAAUCUUUUUUGUAAUUUGCAACUUAUAAGCAAUAUACGAUUUAUACCAAUAAAAUGACACUUAGAA